UGGAUGGAGUUUACCAGCGAUUCUUCGGUAACCGAGAUCGGAUUCGAGGUAAACAUCACUCAAGAAAGAUCUGAAGGUUCUUGUGGACAGGAUGAAUUUGCAUGCCAGGAUGAAUCCUCUGGCUUGAUUUGUUUGGCACUUAACGACACCUGUGAUGGUGAUGGCUUUACACUGUGCCCAGAUGGAUCAGAUGAAUCUAACUGCCGUUAUUGCGGCAAAAGAAACAUCACUCUCAACAACUCAACCCAGACUUCAGAAACACUGACUUCGCCUUAUUACCCAAACAACUAUCCCAAAAAUGCCCGGUGCAUUUGGUUCAUCACAGUUGAUGAAGGCUCCACGAUAGCCUUCCGUUUCUCCGUGUUCAACACGGAGCGAAAAUGGGACACGUUGACCAUUGGCAACGGCCACGAGUCCUCCGAUGGUGACUCUGUUAUUGGUCGUUUUAGCAGUUCUCUGAAGAGUCUAGCCGUCUUUUCCAAUAACCACACGGCAUGGAUGGAGUUUACCAGCGAUUCUUCGGUAACCGAGAUCGGAUUCGAGGUAAACAUCACUCAAGAAAGAUCUGAAGGUUCUUGUGGACAGGAUGAAUUUGCAUGCCAGAAUGUAUCCUCUGGCUUGAUUUGUUUGGCGCGUGACGACACCUGUGAUGGUUUUACACUGUGCCCAGAUGGAUCAGAUGAAUCUAACUGCCUUCCAUGUGGAAAAAGCAACAUCACCCUCAGCAACUCAACACAGACUUCAGAAACACUGACUUCGCCUUAUUUCCCAUACGGCUAUCCCAACAAUGCCCGGUGCAUUUGGUUCAUCACAGUUGAUGAAGGCUCCACGAUAGCCUUCCGUUUCUCCGAGUUCUAUACGGAGAAAACACGCGACACGUUGACCAUUGGCAACGGCCACGAGUCCUCCGAUAGUGACUCUGUUAUUGGUCUUUUUAGCGGUUUCCUGACGAGUCUAACCGCCGUUUCCAAUAACCACACGGCAUGGAUGGAGUUUAGCAGCGAUUCUUCGGUAACCAGGAUCGGAUUCGAGGUAAACAUCACUCAAGAAAGCUAUGAAGUUUCUUGCAGACAAAAUGAAUUUAAAUGCAAGGAUAACUCAUCUGGCUUGAUUUGUUUGGGACAUGACGUCACCUGUGAUCGCUUUGCACUGUGCCCAGAUGGAUCAGAUGAAUUUUAUUGCGAUGACUGUGGACCGCGUAACAUCGGCGUCGACAUAGAUCUCAUUAACCUCAAUUCACCGCGCUACCCAGACGGGUACCCGAAUAACCGCAACUGCAGCUGGCUCAUCAAAGGUCAAUCGAAGCAACUUGUCACCAUGCGGAUCAAGGAUUUUGAAAUGGAGGAACCGUACGAUUAUUUGGAUGUCGUUUUUCUUAGGAAUGGGGAGGAUCCCAAAGAGCGCUUCCGUCUUACGGGGGCGGAUGUCUCGAGGCGGACGGUGACGUGGCGUCAUGAUGACGGAGUUCUCAUGUUGGAAAUGAAGACGGAUCUAACCAUCGCACGUCGAGGGUUCUCUAUUCUGAUAAAUCAUAUCAAAGAAGAGGAUUUGGAGGCAUUGUGUCAACCUAAUGAGUUCCAUUGCGGCAAAGGCUUUUGUGUCACCAAUUCUUCCCGCUGCAAUGGUUACCGUGACUGCAGAAAUUACGAAGAUGAACUUAAUUGCGACGACAUCUUCUGCCCAGGUUCCUACAAGUGCAACAACCUCAACACCAGUUCAAUGUCUUCUUCCUUCACUGGCAACCGUUCUCAGGCGCAGUGCAUUCCACUGGCGCAAGUUUGUGACGGAGAGGAGAACUGCCCAGAGUCUGACGACGAAAUUCAGUGCGAUAUGAAGCGAUGUCCCGCUGGUUGCGAGUGUAGCUACAAGGGCACAGACUUGGUAGUCCAUUGCAACAAUGGCUGGGAUUCCUCGACAUUAGCGGGCUUGGCACUAAUAACACAUACUCUUCAGCUCUCCGGAGUCAACAUUAGUAAGCUGGACCAGGGAGUGUUCAAAGCGAUAUCACAUCUCAAAGUGUUGUCAUUAAAAAACAAUCGCAUAACCGAGAUUCAGGAACACACAUUUGACGGCCUGGAAAACCUGUUGUGGCUGGACCUGUCAAACACAUUGAUAACUGAGCUGCAAGGUUCUGCCAUGAAGGAAUUGUCUAGUCUACGGGGAAUCACAAUUUUUGAUGUGCCGUUGACGAGAAUCAAGUCCAAUGCAUUUUCUGGUCUCAGCCAGGUGAAAACGUUGAUAAUUGUCCGCCACAUCGAAGGCCUGCCACCACUUGUAGUAGAAGAUAAUGCAUUUCAAGGACUUGAUACUGUGGCAGAGUUGUAUGUAGAUGACCACAGACUGUGUUGUUUCUUCCCCUCGUCCAAGUGCAAGACGCUCGAGCCACAGCCUCCACUUUUCAUGUGCAGCGAACUGAUGCCUAAAAUGGUCCUCAAAGUAUUCAUGUGGAUUCUUGGUAUUAGCGCCCUCGUCGGCAACAUCUAUGUCAUGGUGUGGCGAUGUCGGGAAAGGACGGCGGGCAGAGAGAGUCGAGUCGUUCAGUCUUUCCUGGUGUUUAAUCUAGCUGUGUCGGAUGCCCUUAUGGGGUUGUACAUGCUGAUCAUAGCCAGUGCUGAUGCGUAUUUCGGAAAGAGCUAUUUUACGAUGUCUAUGGAAUGGCGGACGAGCCCUACGUGCAAGUUUGCUGGGUUUAUUUCCAUCAUCGGCACCGAGGCUUCUGUGUUCUUUCUCACCCUCAUCAGCAUCGACAGGUUUCUUUCAAUCGUCUUCCCGUUCAGCACUUACCAUCUUCGUCCAAAGUCAUCUCAGAUUGCUGCAUUGUGUGUCUGGAUUGGUACGAUGAUCAUUGGACUGGUCCCGACAAUACUUGCGUCCGACUCUUCAUCUGAUGUUUACGGCCUCUCUGAUGUUUGCAUCGGGUUGCCUCUGAUGACUAAAGUUACUGAAUACGAGGUGGUGGAUCAGCAGAUUGAUGCUGGGGGCGUGGCGAACAUCACUGUGGGGAUACCGUAUCCUGUCGAUUACCGAGCUUCCUGGUUCUUCUCCAUCGCUCUGUUCCUCGGGGUCAACCUUCUGUGCUUCACCGUAAUCCUCAUCUGCUACAUUGCCAUCUUCAGGCGAGUCCGGGCAUCGAGCAAGAAGGUGAGCAGCAGUAGCAGGGACGAUGAACAGCGUUUGGCCAUCAAGAUGGCCGCCAUCAUCCUGACGGAUUUUGUCUGCUGGGUACCGGUCAUCAUUAUGGGUAUUCUGUCACAGGCCCGCGUGGUGGAGAUACCAACGGAAGCCUAUGCCUGGAUUGUCGUUUUCAUCCUUCCCAUCAACUCCUCUCUCAACCCCUACCUCUAUACCAUUGCAGAUCUGUGCUACCAACAACAGAAGGCUGCUUCUGUAAGGAGGAAGUAUGAGCUGGCCAUGAAGAACGCUCGUUCCAAUUCAGAGAACCGAUCAAAUGUUCCUGUUGUGAAAACUGUGACCUCAGAAACCCAAUUAUAAGGCGAUAGCAAAGAUGAUAGGGGUGAUGCAGAAUAUAACUUCCUCCAACCCCAAAAUAGCUGUAAAGUAAGAUGCCAUGUUAUUCAGUUUAUAAAACAACAUUUACUUAUUGCCGGAUCUUUUUUGUUAAUCUGCCAGAUUUAUUUCCAAAACGUUUAACAAUUAUAAACAGAGUAAUACCAACAAAUUAAUGUAUACAUUAUAAUAUUGCAUCUAGUCUUUUAUAUACUAUAUAAUCACAUGUACUCAGUUUUUGGUUUUAU